AAGUGGACAAGACGCGUGACAGCACGCGUCCACCACGCGUCACGACUUCUCGUGCGAGACCUGCCUCGUCCCGCUCAGCGGUCCAGAACAUACGUCGGGACUUCUGACGGCAUACAACAGACUGCAGGCACACCAACAAAAUGUUUAAGCACAGCGAUAUCAAACCUCAGAAACGUGCCCUGACUACAUCAGAAAGUGCAGGCACCGCUGGCGAGUAUCCUUACAGAUUGAACUUCUACGAACGACCCCCACUCUUUGAGGCGACAGUAGAGGACUUAGAAGAGUGUGCUAUCGAUCGCCUACGGAUUCUAGCCGAAAUCGAAUCUUCAUACGCACGGAAUCGGACCUGGGACGAGCUGAAGGGCGUGACGGGGAAGCUAUGCAGAAAAUACUUGUACUUGAAUUCCAACAAGACAGCAAUUGGGCAUAUAAAUUCGCAAGAACAACGGAAGAGGGAUCAUCUAGGACAUUUCGUGUUGAGGCUCGCCUUUUGUCGCUCGGAAGAACUCAGGAGGAGAUUCGUAAAAGCAGAGACAACAUUGUUUCAAGUGAGAUAUGAUGAGGAUCAUAUACCCGAAAGGAUCGAGUUCAUAAACUCGCUGAAUUUCGGCUGGACGAAGGUUGGCGCGGAUGAGAGAGGUUCUUUGGAGAAGGCGCUGAAGGCUCUGGAAGUAAAGCCGUCUACUCCUAGCGACAACCCACCGAUCCAAGAUUAUGUCAAGGUACACUGGACCAAAGUACCUGAUUUAGUUGCCAAACGACGUGUCUUUCUACGAGGAGGGUUCGCUUAUGUUUCCAGCCAGGAGAUAUCGAGUAUAAUUUUUCAUGAAUUUGAAAGUAGACUAGAAAAAGCACUCGAGGUAAGGAGCACACCGCCAAAAUGCUUCCCGCGAAUGGACGAGGACACGAGACUGGUACCUAUAUUAAACAACCUAUCACAAGGCUUCCUCGUUGGUAUUCCCUCAGAAUGGUCGAGUGCUCCAUCGUCGGGUGAUGAGAUCCGAGCGGAGAUGAUCGGUGAUAUGGCAAAGAAACACUUCCCAUUGUGUAUGCGCAACCUCCACGAGUGUUUGACCCGUGAUCGGCACCUAAAGCACUUUGGAAGGCUGCAGUAUGGUCUAUUUCUUAAGGUUUUGGGUCUCUCUAUUGAUGAGGCGAUCCACUUUUGGCGCAAGUCCUUCAGCAACUUAACGGACGACAAGUUCAACAAGGAAUACAAGUACAACAUCCGACAUUCAUAUGGCCUGGAGGGCAAGCGGGCCAACUAUCCAGCGAAGAGCUGCCAACAGAUCCUCACGACCGACAAACCUGGCGUUGGCGAUUGUCAUGGUUGCCCAUAUCGCCAUUUUUCGCCCGAAAACUUACAGAGCAGUCUCCUAACACACUAUUCGUCACAAGGUUUGGACACGACGGAUCUACAUGAAAUCAUGCGGACAGUGAAGGAUGGCCAUUACCACGUCGCAUGCACGCGAGUAUUCGAGAUUACACAUGCGCGCAAAGGGGUUAAGAAGGGUGAUGGAAUAGGCGGUGGAGAAAGUGUCACUCAUCCAAACCAAUACGCUGCACGAAGCAUAGAGAUUGAGAAGGAACAGUCGCAAGAAGGAACAGCGAUGGCAGUAGUAGUGGAUUGAUUAGGUAUUUUGAUGUACUUUGUGUUUAGAGUUGCAUUUUGUGUAUGGAUAACCGUGUCCGGAGUCCCAGGGUGGCGAGGGACCUCGAUCACCG